GGGAGGGUGGGGGAAACUGACGGGAGGACAUGCAGGCUCGCUACUCGGUGUCCAGUCCCAACUCCCUGGGAGUCGUGCCUUACCUCGGCGGGGAGCAGAGCUAUUACCGGGCCGCUGCGGGCGGGGGCUACACCGCCAUGCCGGCCCCUAUGAGCAUGUAUUCGCACCCGGCCCACGAGCAGUACCCGGCCGGCAUGGCCAGAGCCUACGGACCUUACACCCCGCAGCCGCAGCCCAAGGAUAUGGUGAAGCCCCCCUACAGCUACAUCGCCCUCAUCACCAUGGCCAUCCAGAACGCGCCGGACAAGAAGAUCACCCUGAACGGGAUCUACCAGUUCAUCAUGGAGCGCUUCCCCUUCUACCGGGACAACAAGCAGGGCUGGCAGAACAGCAUCCGCCACAACCUCUCGCUCAACGAGUGCUUCGUCAAGGUGCCCCGGGACGACAAGAAGCCCGGCAAGGGCAGCUACUGGACGCUGGACCCGGACUCCUACAACAUGUUCGAGAACGGCAGCUUCCUGCGGCGGAGGCGGCGCUUCAAGAAGAAAGACGCCGUCAAGGACAAGGAGGAGAAGGACCGGCUGCACCUCAAGGAGCAGCCCCAGCCCCGGCAGCACCCGCAGGCCGAGCAGGAGAGCGGCGGGGCUGGGGGCGCGGCGGGGAGCGGGGCCGGCUCGCAGCAGCCGCCGCCGGUCCGCAUCCAGGACAUUAAGACCGAGAACGGCACCUCGUCUCCCCCGCAGGCCGUCUCGCCUCCCGGCGGGGGAGCGGCUGCCCUCAGCAGCGCCGUGCCCAAGAUCGAGAGUCCGGACAGCAGCAGCAGCCUGUCCAGCGGCAGCAGCCCCCACAGCAGCCUCCCCUCCAGCCGCUCGCUCAGUCUGGAGGCGCCGGACCCGCAGCACCAGCCGCACCACAGCCAAGGCUUCAGCGUGGACAACAUCAUGACCUCCCUGCGGGGCUCGCCUCAGGGCGCCAGCGAGCUCAGCUCCAGCCUCCUCGCCGCCUCCGCCGCCUCCUCCUCCGCCACCUCGUCCCGGACCGGCAUCCCCCCCUCGGUGGCCCUCGGCAGCUACUCCCCGGGCCAGAGCUCCCUCUACAGCUCCCCCUGCAGCCAGGGCGCCAACCCGGGCAGCGGGGCCGCGGCCGGGGGCACCUACCACUGCAACAUGCAAGCCAUGAGCCUGUACGCCGCGGCCGCCGCCGCUGGGGGAGGCGAGCGGGCCGGCCACCUGGCCAGCAGCGGGGCCAGCCCGGUGGAAGACCCCCUGCCCGACUACACCAUGCCCAGCAGCAGCAGCGCCUCCUCGCUGAGCCACGGCAGCUUGAGCACGGCGGCCGGCCACCAGGAGGGGCACCACGCGCACCCCGCCGCGCAUCAAGGGCGCCUGGCCUCCUGGUACCUAAACCAAGCCACGGCGGCGGGAGACCUGGGCCACUUGGCCAGCGCCGCCGGCUACCCCGGCCAGCAGCAGAACUUCCACGCGGUGCGGGAGAUGUUCGAGUCCCAGCGGCUGGGCUUGAAUAACUCGCCGGUGAACGGGAAUAGCAGCAGCUGUCAGAUGGCCUUUCCCUCCGGCCAGUCUCUCUACCGCACCUCAGGGGCUUUCGUGUAUGACUGCAGCAAGUUCUGACCAAAACCGGUCCCCGCGGGCCCCCCACCCCACCCCGAACAAUACAGAACAGAGGCCAAACUUCAAGCAAGGACUAGAUCUUUUCUUUAACAAACCAAGCCGCCUCCUGCACGCAGCGAGCGAACUCUCACAUAGUUUGUACAGAGACAGCCAAAAAAAAUUAAAAAUAAGUCAUGCCUUGGUUUGUUAAAAGGACAGUGUUACUCCAAAUAACACUUAAGAGCUUCCCUCGUUCCACAAGGCUACACAAACAGGGCAGGAAUAAAACACUCCAGUAAGAGAACUUACAUCAAAAGUGACUCUGGGUUUCCAAUUCAGUUUUUGUUCUGCUUUGGUACGAUCUCCUUGAAGAAAAUCCUGGGAAAAGGAAAAGAAAAAAAAAACCAAAACAUUGCAGGACCUCUUUGUGUGUUCCUGGUUUCAGCGUGUAACGUUUGCCACUGCACUGCUUGCUCCCUAUCUAAAGCAUCUUGGGGCCCCCAGCAGCUAUAAUUUGUCUUUAAAAGAAUGAAGCUAGACCAAAAACCUUCAGGCUAACGAAACCAUCGGCCUGACUCCCUUAACAGGUUGCAGUUGAGGUGGAAAGGUAAGGCAAGGGCCACACAAAACUGCUGACAGCUAUUGUCUAGCACCACUUUUAUAAGAGACGCCUCUGUCCACACGCAUUUCCCUAUAAGUCCUGGGCUAGAUCAGCGUCUUUACAGGACACACUUAGAAACUCUGACAAAAAUCAUUUAUUUUUCAUUGUGCAAUUUCAGUUGAAGCUCAGAUGCUUAUAAAUCACCAGGAUGCACAUUUAAGAAACCUCGCACAGGCUAUUUAAAACGUAAGGAGUAAUUCUUCUUUACAUCAAACCUUAUUGACUCUUUAAUGGUGAACCCUUUACAUUAAGUUGUCAUAUGUCCUGAUCAUGCUACUAAGAGAGCUGUUUCAAAUUAUUGCAUUUUUCCCUUUUGGUUAAACAGAAGUAAAUCACAAAGUAAACAUGACAACUGAAAUGUUCUCUCUAAAAUAAAAAACAUGUGAUCAUGGAAAGACAGUGCCGGAUACCCCGGUUACUGCAUUGGUAUAGGGCAGUGAUAGCAUGUCCAGCAGAUAACGUGGAGAGUGAAAGGUUUUGGCACAUUUUUACAAGAAGUAACUUGAACAUCCACGUGGAAACAAAAGUAACUGGAUAUAUAACAACUAGAUACAGAGAAACUACCCUGAAAUAGUAUUACAGGAACCCAGACACUGUUAAUCAACCACAUCUUUAUGAUUCAAGCCUAUUUAAAGUGCCACAAACACACACAUGCUGCAUCUCUAAUGAAACUGAAAUAUAUUUGAUUAUUAAUUGUUUCUAGAUUAAACAUUAGUUAUACAAAUACCCCCUUUGCUUGAAUUUCUAUACAAAGCUCACCUAAAACACAAUUAAAAGCUUUCUGUAUGUGAAAGGAUAGCUGUAUAAUUCCACAGCAAAUUGUCUUUCCCCUUGAAGGGAAAAAAUGUUUGCGAUAAAUUCUGCCUUCAUAUUUGACUUUUUUUCCAGUGAUGUAAGGGCAGCAGGAUUUGGGGUCUCUAAAAUUGGAAAAAUGUGGGUUUUUCCCCCUCC